AUGAGGUCUCCUUCUCUUGCACGGUUACAAUUCCGUGCGGUGUCUGGCUUGGCCAGAUCCUCUCGUUUCCAAUCUCAGAGUCUGCUAUACUCCCGAUGCGCAUCUACGGCUGCUUUGCGGUCUUCCGCUGUCGCGCCGGCUUAUCAGUCACUCCUGAGAACCUGGGAGCAACGUCGCACCGCUGCCUCUGCUACUGCCUCUGCAGUUCUCGAGGCUGCUGCGGUCAACCCGGAUGGCCUGUCACAAGCCGCCAUUAUCGACAACCUUGACCCCAUCGAGGCUGCUCGUUUGGACAAAGUUCGAAACAUCGGUAUUGCGGCCCACAUCGACAGUGGUAAGACUACUUGUACCGAGCGUGUCCUUUUCUACACCGGCCGAAUCAACGCUAUCCACGAAGUCCGCGGACGUGACAAUGUUGGAGCAAAGAUGGACUCGAUGGAUUUGGAGCGUGAGAAAGGUAUCACCAUUCAGUCUGCUGCCACUUUCUGUGACUGGAUCAAGAAGGACAAGGACGGCCAGGACCAGAAGUACCACAUUAACUUGAUUGACACCCCCGGUCACAUUGAUUUCACCAUCGAAGUCGAGAGAGCGCUGCGCGUCCUGGACGGAGCUGUCAUGAUUCUGUGUGCUGUGUCUGGUGUUCAGUCUCAGACCAUCACCGUCGAUCGUCAAAUGCGUCGUUACAACGUCCCCCGUAUUUCCUUCGUCAACAAGAUGGACCGUAUGGGUGCCAACCCCUUCAAGGCCAUUGAACAGAUCAACACUAAGCUCAAGAUGCCCGCCGCUGCCGUCCAGGUUCCUAUUGGUGCCGAGGACGAGUUCGAGGGUGUGGUCGACUUGAUCCAGAUGAAGGCCAUCUACAACAUUGGUGAGAGUGGUACUGAGCUCAAGGUCACUGAUGAGAUCCCCGAGAGGCUCUUGGAAACUGUCAAGGAGCGCCGCGCCAUGCUCAUUGAGACUCUUGCCGACGUUGAUGAUGAGAUGGCUGAGAUCUUCCUUGAUGAGGCUGAGCCCACCGAGGACCAACUGCGUGCUGCUAUCCGCCGCUCCACCAUUGCCCUCAAGUUCAGCCCAGUCUUCAUGGGAUCUGCCCUUGCUAACAAGUCCGUUCAGCCCAUGCUGGAUGGUGUUAUUGACUUCCUUCCCAACCCCGCCGAGGUUGAGAACUUGGCUCUUGACCAGAAGCGUAACGAAGCCUCUGUCAAGCUUGUUCCUUACAACUCUCUUCCCUUCGUCGGUCUUGCCUUCAAGCUGGAAGAGAGCAACUUCGGUCAAUUGACCUACAUUCGUGUGUACCAGGGUACCCUCCGCAAGAGCGCCAACGUGUUCAACGCUCGUAACAACAAGAAGGUCAAGAUCCCCCGUAUUGUGCGUAUGCACUCUAACGAGAUGGAGGAGGUUAACGAGAUCGGUGCUGGUGAAAUUUGUGCCGUGUUUGGUGUCGACUGUGCCUCCGGUGAUACUUUCACUGAUGGUCAGUUGGGUUACAGCAUGUCUUCCAUGUUCGUUCCCGAGCCUGUCAUCUCUCUUUCCAUUAAGCCCAAGCAGAGCAAGGAUGCUGCCAACUUCUCCAAGGCCAUGGCUCGUUUCCAGAGAGAGGACCCUACUUUCCGUGUGACUUACGACAGUGAGAGUGAGCAGACCAUCAUCUCCGGAAUGGGUGAGCUCCACCUUGACAUCUACGUCGAGCGUAUGCGCCGUGAGUACCGUGUCGACUGUGAGACCGGUCAGCCUCAGGUCGCUUACCGUGAGACCAUUGGUAACCGUGUCGAUUUCGACCACCUGCUCAAGAAGCAGACCGGUGGUGCUGGUGAUUUCGCCCGUGUUAUGGGUUGGAUGGAGCCCACUGGUGCUCUCGAGGAGAACAACUUCGAGCAGCAGAUUGUUGGUGGUAGUAUUUCUGAGAAGUUCUUGUUCGCUUGUGAGAAGGGUUUCAACAUCUCUUGCGAGAAGGGUCCUCUCGUUGGCCACAAGGUUCUCGGUACUCGCAUGGUCAUCAACGAUGGUGCUACCCACAUGACUGAUUCCUCCGAAAUGGCCUUCAAGAACGCCACCCAGCAGGCUUUCCGCAAGGCUUUCAUGGACAGUAACCCCUCUAUCCUGGAGCCCCUGAUGAAGACUGUGGUCACUGCCCCAUCUGAGUUCCAGGGUGAUGUUAUUGCCCUCCUCAACAAGCGUGGUGCUACUAUCAACGACACUGAGACCGGCAUUGAUGAGUUCACUAUCUUUGCCGACUGCAGUCUGAACGGCAUGUUCGGCUUCAGCUCCAACCUCCGUGCUGCCACCCAGGGUAAGGGUGAAUACACUAUGGAGUUCAGCCACUACGAGAAGGCUCCUUCUCAAGUGCAGAAGGAACUGGUUGCCAAGUACCUUAAGGCUCAGGCUGCCCGCAAUAAGAAAUAA